AUGUCUGUCGGCUGUGUCUCGGAGAAGCUCUUCUGCCCUUUUUCCGAUUGGGUCAUUGGCUUUGUUUUUGUUGAGCCGUAUGAGCUCUUCGGAGAUCGUGGUACUGUCCGCAUCAUGAGCCUGUCUGGAAUCGGCGCUUCUUCGGGCUUUGCCGUGGGGGCCGUGGAGUGGAAUGUGACGACCAUGCCAGAAUAUCUGAGCCUGAGGUUUGGCAGCCGCCGGAUACAGUCCCUCCUCGCUGUUCUCUUCUUGUACUUCUGUAUCUUCCAUAAUAUCUUGGUGGAGCUGUUCAUUGGGACCAUGGCCAUAAAGCUCGUUGCGGGGGUGGACGUCAGCCUGACCGCCAUAAUCCUGCUGACAGUCACCGGCAUUCAUGCCUUCACAGGAGGCUUCAUGGCCGUGGUCUUCAUCGACGCCAUAUACAGCGGCAUACUGCUCCUGGGCUCCAUCUUGUUAACGGCCUUCGAUAAAGACCGAAACAGCUACUGCGUGUCUCCGGCCAAGUGUGGCUGGGGCGCGUGGUGGCCGCGCUCCUGCUGA